UCAAAAAAGAAUCAAAAUUUGUCAAAAAUAUAACCACACAUUUCUGUCACAAGCAUCACACCCAUCUCAUACAAAUCAAUCGUGCAUAUAUGUACUUUUUUAACCAUCCCCAUUAGAUGAAAAAGAAGAAUGACCAGACAGAACCUCCUCCUCCAUCAAAAAACCCAUUGGAAAAUCUACCUUUGGUAAGGAUCCAAAAAGAACUGUGGGAAGUCAGAAGCCGCGGUCUUAGCUCAUUCCGAGUGGCUAGGGCCAAGGAUACAGAACCUCUUUUCUGGCAAAUUCUCCUCGUUCCAGAUCACCCACCAUAUGACCAAGGUGCGUUCAGGGUGCAAAUUGAAUUUCCGUUUGAAUAUCCCUUCAAACAUCCUAUAUUCACCUUUAUGACUAAGAUUUACCAUCCUAACAUUGACGAGAAGGGACAGGUAUGCAUUCCUUAUAUGAAACCAGAAAACUGGAGAUCUACCAUAUGAAUCGCGCAAAUGUUAGAGGUACUACUCGCUAUGUUACAUCUGCCAGACUUAGAUCGUCCUUUGCGUGCAGACGUCGCUGAGCAAUAUAUGAAUGACAAAAAGAAGUUCAACAGAAAUGCGGAAGACUAUACAAAACGACAUGCUGAAGAACGUCCUGAAGAUAUACCGGAGCCACCAAAGAAGAAGGGAGGAAAUAAGAAAGAUUAGAUUAUACGAGCCAGCAACCAAAUAAUAAAAAGUUCAUCAUAAAUGCUACUACAUAAUUAU